CGAGCAUUUUUUUGGAUCAGCAGCUGAAGAACAGAGAAAUCGAGUGAAGAGAGAGAAUCCGCCGGAGGAGAAGAGAAAUGAACACCGACAUCACAGCGUCGACGAAGCCGGAGUACCCGGUGGUAGAUCGGAAUCCGGCGUUUAGCAAGGUCGUUGGCAACUUUAACACUUUGGAUUACCUCCGUUUCACCACCAUCACCGGCAUCUCCGUCACCGUGGGCUACCUCUCAGGGAUUAAGCCAGGGUUGAAGGGGCCGUCAAUGGUGACUGGGGGAUUGAUUGGGUUGAUGGGAGGGUUCAUGUACGCCUACCAGAACUCGGCGGGGCGAAUGAUGGGGUUCUUUCCUAACGAGGGUGAGGUUGCUCGUUAUCAGAAGAUUGGUUUCAAGAACUGAAGAGGGUGGGGGAAAUUUUACAAAUGCAAAUGAAUUUGCUUUUCUGUUCCAUCUUCUUUUUUUAGUUUGUUUCAUGGUUAGGAUAAUGAUGCUUGUGAAUCAAUUAAUAAUCUUCAAAUUCUGGGAUUCCUGCAAUGUGAAAAAUUUCCUCACUUUCCUCUGUUAGCUUGGAUUGCAAAUGGCCAUUUGUGCUCGUCUUGGCAGCUACUGAAAUGGAAUAUGUCAGUAUGGCUUCCUUCAUUGGUUUCUUUGCAUUUUGCUUAGCUUUGGUCAGUUUGAACAAGAAUUCUGAACUCUUCAUUGAUACCUGCAAGUGGCAGCUUGGAAUGUGCUUGAGAGUGUGUCAUUUCGUGC